AUGUUCCAAAAGGCAUUUGAACGAUUGGUUCAUGUCAUUAGAGCUCGCUUCUCGUCUGCGGAUUCUUCGGCCGUGUUCUCUUCUGACACCGUGAUGACCAAGCGGCUCCUCCACGAGGCCGUCGUAGUUGCGCAAUCCUUCACGCGGCACAGACGGCACUAUCGAAUCAUUAGGUUUGCUGCUGGAGCAGUCAUCCCACCACAACAUUGCCCCCGCCCUUUAGUGUUGCUGGCUGAUGAAGCGCCGUUUUCGAGCCUCGCCCAAUCCCGCAGCGAGGACAGACAAUGGAUCGCCCACCUGCAAGUUGCAGCAAACACGGCAGCGUGGACCGUCGCCCGUUCAUGCAUGGACGGUGACGUGCGGCGGGAACAUGGGGCAAGUUCCUGUACGACAGCGAGAGAAGAGACCCGGCACGGAAAUAACCCGACGCACGGCACGGGGGGGACGACGACACGAGAGGGGAGGGAUGUUCAUCUUGACAGGCAGCCUCCCACCCCGCCGCCCCCCCCGGCACAAGCCUCACAGAAAAGUCUUGUGUACUUGGGCGGCCGUCGCGGAUACUACUUUGCAUCACCCGACAUUGAUUUUUUUUUUUGGCAUCCGAUGGAGUCUUUUUCUGCCGCACACACAACCAUUGAAGUCAAUGUGGAUGGCGACGACCACAUGAUGCGCAUCUGUAGAAAAGGGCGCCCGUCACAUCAAGAUGUACAGAUGUACAUCGUGUGGCAAAAACUAACUAUAUUGUCGACGUAG